AAACAAUAGUUCGUAAAUAUAAUGGUAGAAAAUUGAAAAUACCUGCUAUAAGUAGACCCUGCAUUAUUUUGACGUACUUCUUUUUUCGAUGUCAUAAUAUGUCAUUCAUUUUGUUGUACUACAAUUGAAACCUUAUGUAUUUAUGAUAAGUACUAUAUUGACUUGUAUUUAAAAAAAUAUAGUGUUUUUCGGAAUCGCGUUUUGGAAUGAUUGAAUUAGUACCUUAUGUAGUGACUCAUAAGUUUCAUAUUGACUUGUAUUAAAAAAAUAUAGUGUUUUGCUGAAUCGCGUUUUGCUUUUGGAAUGAAUUAAUUAGUGCCUUAAGAUUUGAGACAUAAGUUUCAUUUUGACUUGUAAUAUAGGGUUUGGCCGAAUACAUGGUUUGAAUCCGAUUCAUGUACGAUUUGCCCGAUUCAGUCACAUCGGCAAUAUAGUGUUUCAGAAAAUAUAUAGAUGCCGAAUGUUUUGAUAUAUAGAUUUUGAUAUUACUGCAAUAUAUAGAUUUAAUAUCUAUAUAUGUUUUGUAUCGUCCAUACCUAGUAAAAAGUUUUUGUAUGGUCUGAAAUUGAAAAUUGCUAUUUAAUUCACUAUAUAAAUAUUUAAGUGUACUGAUAAAACCUAAUCAAACACUAUGACGCAUGUGAACACUGGAGACCUGCUUAACUUUCAAGAUUAUUCGCCCGAACACAACGAGCGCAGUGCUAGAAUCGAUGUCGAGGCUGUGCAUACGAAUCAAUUCAAUACCAUGUCCACAUCUAACUAUAAUUAUGAAGAACCGAAGCCCGUCGAGGAAGAGGAAACUACACCUAAAACAAAUCACAACUUCUGGACCAUAGAGUACUAUCAGAAAUACUUUGAUGUGCAGUCCAGUGAGGUGGUGGAGAGGAUCAUAUCUUCUGUGCUGCCUCAGAAGGUCUCCCGUAAUUAUUUUGAUGAACGGAUCAAGGGGAAGCCAGAUCUGUACGGACCCAUUUGGAUAUCUGUGACAUUGAUAUUCACAAUAGCGGUGAGCGGCAACAUAUCGAACUACCUGCAGAGCGCCAACAAGGCGGUGCGCUGGCGCUACAACUACCACCUGGUGUCGUACGCGGCCAGCGCCAUCCUCUGCUACGUGUGGCUCGUGCCGCUGGCGCUGUGGGCCGCGCUCAAGUGGACCAGCACCGCCGACUCGCAGGAUGAGAUCGAGACACAGGCGUCGAGUUCACCAUCAAUGAUAUCUCUCUUCUGUCUCUACGGUUACUCCCUCUCCAUAUACAUCCCCGUUGCAGUUCUGUGGACUAUCCAAGUGUCUUGGCUGCAGUGGCUCUUCGUGCUCAUGGCAGCAUUCGUCUCCGGGGCGGUGCUCAUCUUUUGGCUCUUGCCUGCGUUGAAGAAGUCUAGAUAUUACUUAAUAUUGAUAGCAUCUAUUCUAGCGUUCCACUUCUUGUUGGCGACAGGUUUUAUGUUGUAUUUCUUUCAUGUGCCUGAUACUGCAACUGUACCGAGUGUUAAAGAUUUGAGCACAGUGGCGAGUCAUGUAUAGAUUAUUAAAAAUAUUGUAAUUUAGUCAACUUUGCAUUAUCUUGCAAUAUAAUUGACGUACAUUAAUUUGUCAAAGUAUGAAGAUGUUAAAUACAGAUUUAUCUUUAAUUUGAUGGCUAGCUAAAUGGAAUUGGAAUUUAGAAUUUAAAAAAUACAACAAAACAGAAAAAAUAUUUAAAAACAGUAAUACUGGUGUCUGUAUUAUGCAUGUAAAGAAUAAUAAAAAAAUGUACCUUUAUGUAUAUGCCAUUUUUCAUAAAAUUUAAAAAAAAGGUGAUAAAAAGAGACAAAAUUCUCAGGUUCUACUGUCAUUGCUAUAUCUAUUAAAUCUUUCUAACCCAUGAAGCUAUAUCUAUUAAAUCUUCUUAACCCAUGAAUGUCGCCAACUAGCUAAGGGCCUCAUAGAAAGGCUCAGAGUCACACAGCAGGCGAUAGAACGCCUAUACUUGAAUAUGUUUUCGUGAUCGAAUCAGAAGUAAGGAGAGGUACGGCGGAGGGGUACCCGUCGAUCGGUACCCCUCUCUAACUCCCCACUCUUUACGGAAACAGUCGCGACCUGGCGUUAUAUCCGUCUCAGACUACUAUUUCAUACAAUAGAUUAUAGGGUCGUCGUGGAGUCAUCGAUAAAGAUAAAUCUGUAAAAACGUGCUUUGACAUUAAUUUAUUUGUAAUAAUUUGUUAAAUGUAUAAAACUUGUAGGUAAGAUAGAAUAAUUUGUAUUUUACGAGUAAAUAUAAUAAAAUUAUUUCUAAUUUGAAUUGAAAUAGUUCUUUUUAUCAUUUUUACAUACAUUGCGGCUCUUAUUUUAUAAAAGUUAGUUUCUGCAAACAAACUAAACCACAGCCAGUGGUGUGCAUAACAUUUAUUAACAAGGGCAAGCACUAUACAUACAACUUUUACUACUAUACAUACAAAUUGAAAAUUUCCUUCUCCAAUACAGAAUUAUAAUGAGCCUCCAUUUUUGCACACCACUGCCUACAGUUACAUAAUUAUUUUGGCUAAGAACGUUUAGUGAUGAAGUUAUUUAUUUAAAAACUUACUUUUUACAUUCCUAAAGACAUUUUAGAUGACUUGGUUCCUAUUUUUUGAGUGUAUUUUUGUUAAGUCUAUUUUAAUGGCCCACUACUGGGCUAGGCUUCCCUACUUGAAGGAUAUGAAGCUUGGACCCACCAAGCAGCUCCAAUGCGGUUUGGUGGAGUAAGGGUGAUAAUGUUUUGAACAUUUAACGAUCACUAUCAGAUAUAACAUGAUCAUCGAGGGACGGGGGUAUAACAUUCUUCCUAACUCUGUAGUAAGCCGUUAAAACAGAUUUAAUGAUAAUAAUAAUCGAAAACAACAAAAUUAGCCUAAAACUAUCAAAGUAGUAGAGAUCAUACAAUAAUGAUUAUAAUUAAUUUUAACAUGACUUAACUGUAUUUAUUAUUUAUUCACCAAUAAAUAAAAUAAUAUAUAAAAUU